AACACCAGCCACUCCCGGAUAGAUAUGUUCUUCAUGCAACAGGACAAAGCCACAUGUGCUCAGAGCUGUGAGAUUCACACUGUCCCAGAGAUUUCAGAUCACAAACCUGUGUCUCUGAUGAUCCACAUUCCUAAAAUAGGAAGUACGUUAACAGAUGUUCAUCAAAAGCUGGCUGAUGGUGGACGAAUAGACAAUACCAUAUUAGAUAGAAGAGUAGGAAAAAUCAGUGGAGCAGAAGUUCUUAUAGCAAUGAAAUCCUUGACCGACUCAUCAAAUGGAUCAAGGGAUGAUAACCUUAUGGAAACACAGACAUUAAAGCAUAAUUACAAUGGAAUGCUCAGCGGGGAGAAACAAAUACCUGACGGAUUCAAUAACCGAGAGUACAAAAUAUUUGCCACAAUACUUGCCAACCGUCUGAAGAUGUACCUAGCACCCUCAUUCAAAGGAAGGAUUAAAAUACCACCACAUACUACCAGAUACAUAGUUUCCCUGUCCAGGCAACCAUCGAUUAAGUGGAAAUUCUUAAGCACAGCCCUGGAGUCCAUUCUCAUAAUUCAUUCUCCCCCUACAGACUUCACAAUCCUAAAGCAUGUGCUUCCCCAGGACUUGGGCAUCUUGUGGAAGUUACUCCCAAUGGUUGAAAGUUCCGCGGUUCCCCAAAAAAAUCUACAGGAUGAAUGCCCCCUCACCCCAGCACUACUCUACUUGUGUCUGAAGUACAUGGAGCACCGAAUCCAGAAGACAGGCACAGUCCUUAGUGUUAGCCGUCAAAGACAGAGUCUUUUGAUCUACAUGGAACAAGAGAAACAGCAUCCUGUGGUCAAACUGCUGUCUGAAAUCAGAAAGGAGUCUGGCCUGAGUUGGAAGGUAAUUGAAUGUAAAAUUGUGGAAGAUGAUGGACAUUCAAAUGAAAUGAAACGUUCUUUGAAGAUUAUUAGAGAAACUGUUACUGUUCUCUAAAUGUGGAUAUUGCCUUCAGCUUCACAAUGAGAUAAACAAAAUAACAUGAAAAUAUAAGAAACAUAUAUGGAACUACAUCCAUGAAGUGUUGAACCAGUGCUCUCCAUACUGCAUGCUAUGGGCCCUGAGCGCCUGUUCAGCCAUCGGUGUCUUCAGCUAUCACCAGACCCAUGGCCAGCCAGACCCACACCAAACCAAAUCCACUACGAUGGAUGGGAUCCCAAAGGAAGGAAAGUUAG